AUGCCGUCGAAGAUUGUUGUCAGGAAAAAGAACCCACGAGAUAGUGCCACUCGUGUAGCUGCGACUCUAAAGAAAUGGAGAGAGUACAAUGAGCAGACGGAGGCUGCUUCUAGCAAUGAUGAUGGUGGUCUCAAACCGAUACGUAAGGGUUCUAGAAAGGGUUCUAGAAAAGGCAAGGGAGGGCCUGAGAAUGGGAUUUGUCACUACAAAGGUGUUAGACAGAGGACUUGGGGUACAUGGGUUGCUGAGAUCCGUCAGCCAUGUCGUGGUGCUAGGUUAUGGUUAGGUUCUUUUCCUAGCUCUUAUGAAGCUGCGUUGGCUUAUGACGAAGCUGCUAAAGCUAUUUAUGGUAAGUCAGCCGUACUCAAUCUUCCUGACGUUUCCAACGGCUCUUCUUCUUCUUCUGCAGCUGGCUCGGUUACUACAUUGUCAAAUGUUCAGGUGAAAGAAGAGGAUGUUAGCGAUGAGUAUGUUUUCUUGGAGAGCUCUCAGUGUAUUAAAGAGGAGGUGGAAGUGAUGGAAAGCUCUCAGUGUGUUAAAGAGGAGAUGGGUGUAAUUGACUCAGCUGAUACUUUUGGAAUUAGAAAUGGCAAUGAACCAUGGGAUUUUGGUGUGGACGAGAUGUUUGAUGUGAAUGAGGUGUGGGGUUUGUUAGGGGAGAUCAAUGUGGUGUCUGGUCAAGAGACUAUGCAGGGUCAAGUUGAUAGUUCUUCAAACCUCAAUCACCAGGUGAAGUUUCAAGAUGCUAACUUGCUUGGGAGCUUCAUCCAGACAGAGACUGCUCAUCUUGGAGUUGAUUAUGGAUAUCCAAUGGAGAGCAAUUGUGUGGAUUUGGACCGUAGCAAGUUCCAGGAUCUUGACAUAAAAGACAUGGGUUUUGAAAGAGAGGAAAAAGAUGUUCACGGCCCAGUUACUGAUACUUAUGUUAAUGGUUAG